CGGUCACGUGACGGGCGUAGCCAAUCAGCGCCGGCCCUGUCUCCGCGUUCGGCCGGGACGCCGGCGGCGGGCGGGGCUGGCGGGCCCGGCCUGGCUGUUGAGGAGGGCUGGGCGGCGGCGGGAAGGGCAGGCAUGGGUUGGAAGUGGAGUCUCUCCCUGGACCUGACGACAACCAGCAUCAUGCAGUUACUAACUGCUCUUCCCUCACCUAUUGAUGCCUCCCAGGAAAAAACGCUGCCAAAUUUCCCAGAAACCCCAGCUGCUAUUCUACCAACAACCACUGGAGGGCCCCAAACACUGCUAUGAGUCUCCCCAGCUUCCUAUCACCCACACUAGACAGGUGCCCAGGAAGCCCGUUGACCACAGCACCAUCACUUCCUGGGUAUCACCUCAGUUUGAUACAACAGCAGAAAGCUGGUUCCCAGUCAAUCGGAAACAUCAUCACCGAGACCAGGCAAGGCGUUCAAGUCGAAAAUCUACCAGCUCCAAGUUUCCACACCUAACAUUUGAGAGUCCACAGUCUUCUGCCAGCUCAGCCAGACCUGGGAUCCCCCUAAUCAGGGACUGCCCCAGUCAACCAGAAAAGGACAUUUCUGGAAGGCCCUUGGUUCCCAUGCUUAGCCCCCAAAGCUGCGGGGAGCUGUCAGCACAUGCACUUCAGAACUUCCCUUAUGUGUUCAUUCCACCGGAUAUCCAGAGCCCAGAGUCCUCAGGGCAGGGAGGGCCCAUUCCCUCGGAGCAGAGGGAAAACAGCCUUCCCAGCUGCUCCCUUCACACGAGCACGCCCAAGAGCCCAGAGCCCGGGCCUGUUUUGGUUAAAGACACUCCUGAGGACAAGUACGGGAUAAAGGUCACGUGGAGGAGGCGACGACACCUGUUCACUUACCUCAGGGAGAGGGGGAAGCUGAGUAGAAGCCAGUUCCUUGUGAAAAACUGACUGGGUUUCUCGGACAUCCAUGGUCUCAAGAAAUUGAUUGCUGGAGUCAAAAGGGAAUUGAAUUCCCAGAUUUUCUUUUUAAAAUAUCUUGUGUCAUAAACAGUUUUUAGUGUCAUCAACAGUUCACUUCGUAUUUUCCUUGUAUUAGCUGUUUAAAAUUUUUAAAUAUCUUAUAACUGUUUAAAAAGUCUGUAAAUAAAUAAAUGGCUGCAGAAAGUUUUUAGAGAACCCUGCUUCUGUCACUAAUACAGCAGUACUGCCCCCUCUACAAAUGGUCUUUCUUAAUUGUUCCCUUUAACCACUACUUAUUCAUCCUUUUAAACGCCUCAUUCCAACUAAUUCAUUCCACAUGUCUGAGUACCGACUCAGUGACCGCUUCCUCUGUGACCAGAUGCAUGGAAAAACUCGAAGCAAACUGUGACUUUUAAUAGUUGAGCUGCUGUCUCUGCAAUCUUGGCUCAUCUGCUGAGAUGGCUGGAUGAAGAAAGGGCAGCAAGCUUGUUUUAAUGAGUCAGUGGUACCAGGGGAGAUAAAGGGGACAUAGUUAAGUUACUUAGGGUUACUAUGUUUUCAUUUUUUGUUUCCAACUGUAGUAAUCUAUAAAUAUUAAAUAGG